CUUGUUUUACAGCUGGGCGACAAAUUUAAUCAUGUUUGCCCAUAAAAAUAAUGGACUUGAAAGAGUAGACCAAUGCAUCCAGAUGACUGACAAAGACUCUUCAGCAAAUCUUUGUGAGAGAAUGACAACGAAUUUAGAGGAAAUGAAAGGCAACAGAAAUCUUAGUUUUAGAUGGAGUAUUAUCAAGCUGAUCAUUAAAACUCUGAAAUGGGAUGUAUUCAAAACACUACUUUAUGGAAUAGCUGCUGAAAUGUUACAAGUGGGAAACCUCUUCUUAAUUUCUUUUUACAUUGCCUGGAUUCAGGAUUCUGAUAGAGAGAACUGGAUUGGGUUCUUGCUGAGCUUAAUUAUUUCGAUAAAUGCCUUUGCAGCUUUAUCAAUCCGUCACAAGUUCUUAUUUUAUUCAAUCAAUACAGGUGUAAAUAUAAGAAAGUCUAUCUCAGCUUUGAUUUUCAAAAAAGUACUCAAAUUCAAUCAGAAAGCAUUAGCAAAGGCAUCCACAGGAAAGAUUGUUACUAUUGUCAGUGGAGAGAUUCAAAUCAUUGAGCAAGCGGUCACUUUGAUUCCAUAUAUAAUCAUUGCUCCAUUUAGUGCUAUCUUGGCUUUCUCUCUGAUAGCCAUCGACUUUGGAGAAGCUGCUGCUAUCGGCUUUGUGUUGUUCAUUCUGAUGAUUGUCAGUCAGGCUUUGAUUUCAAAGGCAACUGUGGAGUGGAAAUAUUUAGAAGGAGUCUACUCAGACAAACGCCUGAAAGUUAUUGCAGAUAUUAUCAAUGGGAUCAGAACUAUCAAGUGAUAUGCAUGGGAGGUCCCAUUCAAAAACCUUGUUUACAAGUGGAGAAAGAGUCAGCUCAGCAUGCUUAUUAAGAAUCACAUCAUCAAUGCCAUUGGAUCUGGAGUGUUUCUGAGUGGAGGGUUUGCAAUCGCACUUGUGAUAUUUUCGUAUCAUUGGGGAAUGGACAGAGAGUUUUCAUAUGAGAGAUCUCUUUCAACAAUUGCCUUGCUAAGCUAUUUGUCUUUGUCAGCGAUUUUUUUCUCUUACAAUGCUAUAUCCAACUUUGCAACCUUCAUGGCAGUCAUGUUUAGGGUUGGAGAAAUUUUAGAAAUGGAUGAGUUCGACUACGAUUCUGCUCAAGACGACAAGUCUCUUCCUGAAGGAGUCAGAAUCAGGUUGCAAGACGCUUCAUUCACUUGGGGGUUCCACAUUCGAAAAACCGACAACAAAGACGAAUCUAAAAAUCAAGACAUAGAGCAUGAAGACAUAAACUUACAUUUACUCAGCCUUGAAGCAUCUGAUGGCCAACUUAUUUGUAUUGUCGGAGCUGUUGGUUCUGGAAAAUCUUCUUUGUUGCAUUCAUGAAUGCAUGAGCUCAAACUCAAAGGCGGACACAUCUCAACAAACGGAACGAAAGCUUAUGUUGAGCAAGAACCAUUCAUCAUGUCAGGCACUGUCAAAGAUAACAUUCUUAUGGGAGACCAGUUUGACUCUGAGAGGUUUGAUAAAGUCAUUGAAGCAUGCUGACUCGAUCACGACAUUGCCAAUUUUCAAAGUGGUGUUGAUACCGAGAUUGGUGAGAGAGGGAUUACUAUCAGUGGAGGACAAAAAGCAAGGAUCAGUCUUGCCAGAGCUGUCUACUCAGAUGCUGACCCGCUAAGUGCUGUUGAUCCUGAUGUGGCUACCAAGAUAUUUCAAAAGUGUAUCAAUAAAUAUCUCAAAGAUAAGUGCAGAAUCUUGGUCACUCAUCAAGUUCAGCAUCUGAAAGAUGAAAAAGAUAUCUGUGUUAUCGAAGCCAAUACCAUCAAGUAUCAAGGCUCAUACAGUGAGUUGAAAGACCAAGGAAUCGACUUCGACUCCAUUCUCAAAAAGUAUGAAGACAAAGAUCAUAAAGAAGAAAGCAAAGCAGAUCAUAUGAUAGAUGUUGAUGCCAUUAUUGGAGAUGAGCGAGAAACUGGAAAUCAAAGUUCUGAGUCAGAUGAAGAAGAGUCUGUUGAUGACAAACAAGACAAGGGGUUGCAUCUUCCAAAUAUCCACACAACAAAUGUAAAUGGUUUGAAUACAGAGGAUGCUAAUGAAGAAAAUGAAAAGAAGUAUUCAAGUCAGACUAUGGAUUUGAAUGAAACAAAAAAACAUCUUUCUCAUCAAGCAAUUAAAAAUGGUAAAUCCGCCUUAAUAAGUAAAUCUACUAUUAAACAGCUCUAG